UCAAGCAGUCACUGCCUUUCCCCAGGGCGGACAGAAGUAACAUCUAUAAUUGAUGUCCAAGAUAAACCCUGGUUGCUGUCUUCUCAUGAGAUGGAGCCUGCUGCCGCAGCUCUCUGAGGGUUCUUUCCCUUAGCAUCCUGGACUGGGAAGUAGGACUUCAGACAGAGAAGAUGCUGAGCUCUAUCAAAUGCGUGUUGGUAGGGGACAGUGCCGUGGGGAAGACCUCGCUACUGGUACGCUUCACCUCCGAGACCUUCCCUGAGGCUUACAAGCCCACUGUGUAUGAGAAUACUGGCGUGGAUGUCUUCAUGGACGGCAUCCAGAUCAGCCUGGGCCUCUGGGACACUGCGGGCAAUGACGCCUUCAGAAGCAUCCGCCCCCUGUCCUACCAGCAGGCAGAUGUGGUACUGAUGUGUUACUCUGUGGCCAAUCACAGCUCAUUCCUGAAUCUGAAGAACAAAUGGAUUAGUGAGAUCAGGAGCAAUCUACCCUGUACCCCAGUGUUGGUUGUGGCCACACAAACUGACCAGAGAGAGUCAGGACCCCACAGGGCCUCUUGCAUCAAUGCCAUAGAAGGGAAGAGACUUGCCCAGGAUGUGCGAGCCAAGGGCUACCUAGAGUGCUCAGCCCUUAGCAACCGGGGAGUACAGCAGGUAUUUGAAUGUGCCGUCCGGACGGCUGUCAACCAGGCCAGGAGACGAAACAGAAGGAAGUUCUUCUCCAUCAAUGAGUGCAAGAUCUUCUAAACCCCAAGAUCCUGCGCCCAAUAUUCACGAACAUACCUCAGAGACUAAUGGGAGAGCGGAAGGCGGCAAGCAAGGGGCUGAUACUCUUUCUCGGCACAUUUGAACAGCCUUUCUUUCUGGAUGGAGUUACCGGGGAGGUCGGACACUGUUGCCUCCACUAACCACACUCUACAGACGCAUUCUUUGCCCAGCACAGCCAGAGAGAUUCCUUGGGAAGCCAUAUGAAUAGUCCAUCUUCAAUGAAAAACUAAAACAACCAUCCUAACUUAGACAAUGGAGUGAAUUUCCCAAGUAUGCCAUAUUUAAACUCACAUUUUAUUUAAAUAAUAAUCAACUCUACAGCUUUUGUUUUCAUGCUUGGGAAGUCUUUGAAAAGGCAAGCUGCUGUACGAGGGGAAUAACUUUGUGGGGCUCAACCAUAUGUCUGUAGUGUUACUAUUUCCUCCUGAAUCUAAUUUGGUUGAAACGACUUGUGUGCUGUGUUUCUCUAGAUAAUCACGCUUUCAAAUGACCACAAACGUGUCCCUGCAACUCGUUUUUCAUUCCCUAUUACUCAGAGUUGUGUAUAAAAUACAGCUCCGGGCUGUAAGGUAUUUUAACACCGCCAAAUGAAAUUGAACAGUUACUAGGUUUUCUAUGUAAAUACAGAAAAACAUUUCUUAUUUACGAUAUUACAUGUCACUCAAAGAGCUCCAAUAACACACCAAGUAUUCCUUUCUCACUCAGUAAGACAGAGAAGAAAAACAAAAAUCUUUCUGCCACAGAGUCACACUGUGCAAAGAAACAUCAGCAGAGCUUGGGGACCCCGCUCCUUGCCUGUGUCUCUUGAUGGGGGCUUUCUGAUUGGUUACAGGUCUUGGAAGAAGAGGACAGGCAAAUGUUCUGAACAAUAAUUAAUUUGACAAAGUUGUUCUCAUUUGAAUUCUAAACUAGGCAUGACCCCAUCAUUUAUUAAUUCUAGGACUGAAUUAAGAUGAUUAAAAAGCCAACUAUGUAUGCAUGUAUGUGCAUAUAGGUACAAGGGGAAAGGCAGGAUUUAUAGAUUUUACUGUUUCAUGAAUAGAAAAUCACUUUGAAAAACAUCAUAAGUCCCAAGUUCAGAGACUGAGAAAGCCUGUAGUAAUUGCUCAGAUGGCAAAGGGUUACCAAUGAAAUACUAAACAAAUAGGACCAUGCGCAGCCACACAACCCUCCUUCCUAAUCGUCUGAAAGCUUGUGUCUCCCGCCUCUUCUGCUCCCAGAUUGUCACUUACCAUCCCAGUCUAAUAGCUAGGACCCACUUGAGCCAUCUUUCCUGGAGCCCAGAACUGUUAAGGGGUUGUGUGGUUGUCACCAUGAAGGGCGAGGAGCCCAAAGGAGUAUCCCUACUGAGGAUUAUGCUGGCAUAAGAAGAUCAGUUUAUCACAUUGGUUCUCUUGCUGGUUCUUUGUGGUUACAAUCUGGUAAACAUAUCAUCUAAAGAUCCCCCACGCUGCCUUCUCCUCUGCCUCUCUCUUCCACACCCAGUCAAAAGCUUGGGACUUGGGUCUUGGGUAGAGGAGUUAUCCCCAUAGCAUAGGACUGGUAGGUUUGCUUUCAGCCAAUCUCUCAGCCCUCUGGUUCUGGGGCUUGUCCUUGCCUCUGGGCCUCCUGCCUCUUUUGACUUGAGAGUGCUUGUCUUUAGUUCAAGGUCCCAUCGGCAUGAAGGUUGGAAUGCUGAAGAACUGACCAGGCAGGGGAGGAUACAGGGGCUAUAUCCUCCAUGUCCCUUAUGCCCUUCUGAUUUUCUUCUUCAACACACAGAGGUUUUUGUAUUUAUUUUUCUUUUGGUGUGUGUGUUUGGGGAAUUGAAACUUUUUGUUUUGUUCUCACACUGUAGCCCAGGAUGUCUUCAAGCUUGCAGUGAUCCUU